GAGAGAGAGAGAGAGAGAGAGAUAAAGGAAGGAAGCCAACGAAGCGGAGAUAUGGUUGAUUUACCCCUCAUAUAACACAGAUAUGGGACAAACCAAGAGGCUACUUCUGUUACUUUUUCUGGCUUGCUUUCCAUUUUUGAGCAACAGCGCUAAAUCCAAAACAUACAAAAUAUGUUCAUACAAUGUGCAAAAUUUCAACAUCUCUAAACUCGAUGGUCCAAGGAUUCUCCAUCUCCUAACAAAGGUUUUGGCAAUGUGUGAUGUGUGCCUUCUGCAAGAGGUGAGGGACCUGGAUGGAGAGGCUAUGAAAAAGCUGGUCUCGUCACUUAACGGAUACAAUGGCCACCAAUAUGACUAUGUGGUCAGCGGUGGACUGGGUGGACCAGAUGAUGAGAAGGAGCAGUAUGCUUUUCUCUACAGAAAGAGAACCACUGCUGUAGUGGAAACGCACCAAUACCCAGAAGAGAAGAAGGGAACUGAGAGAGUCUUCAAUCGAGAACCAUUUGUAGUGCAUUUCAACGCAUCAAAGACAGUGAUUGGCCAGUUUGUGUUGAUCCCACUGCGUGCUGAACCACAGCGAGCUUUGCAAGAGCUAGAUGCCCUUUAUGAUGUUGUCACACAGAUAAAGGCCAAAUGGAAAGUAGAGAACAUCAUGAUAUUGGGCGACUUUCAUGCUGACUGUGGAUACGUCACAAGGAAGAACAGGAGGGACAAUCGGCUUUUCAAAUCCCUGGAUUUGUUCUGGUUGAUCAGGGAUGACGCUGACACCACUGUGACAGAUAUGACAGACUGUGCCUAUGAUCGCUUCGUGGUGCACGGAGAAACAUUCCUGAGAGCUAUCACGCCUCUCUCUGCAAACGUGUUCAACUUCAAGAAGAAGUUCAAAACCUCAAUGCAUGAGGUACUCACCAUCAGUGACCACUAUCCAAUCACAGUGGACCUGAAACUGAAGUCGUCAGGGCAGCCGCAGGCCUUGCUGUUGCCAUUGCUUCUUCUCCUUCCUCUCAUCGCCCUGCUCUUCUUCUCUUGAACAAUGUACAGCAGUAUGAUCAAUGUGUACACUGUGAAUAUGAAAUUACUUUACAACGCCCUCAGACUUUAUACUGACGUGCAAAGCAAAAUACUCAGCUGGUACUUUUGGGUGUGAGACACUUGGCAUGUGAGAAGUCUUAAGCAUGGAAUCCAUGGUUUUCUUCUUGAACAAUAUUGGCUAUUCUAUGUGUUAAAUCAGGGGUGUCAAACUCAAAUUGGCAGAGAGACAAAAUCAAAAUCUGGAACAAAGUUGUGGACCAAACUCAAUAUUUAUUUUAAAAACGGACAAAAUUGUAAAAAAAAAAAAAUGUUUAUACACACACUUAUCUACUUAUAUUUACAUGUUAAUUUCAUAAUCAGAUUCCUCUAUCAUAGUUCAAAUGUGCAUGCACAUAUUCUGGUGCAUGUGAGUGUGAGCUGUUUCACUGUCCUAGGCCCACUCAUAUUCCUAUGCCACAUGAAAUUUCAUGUUCAAGUCUUAUGACGCUAUAUAGUAAUGGUGUAUGUGGGGCAACUAACUGUACACAUUUGAGGUGAUUUGAGGUAUAAAAUGUCUCUGCGGGCUAGAUUUGGCCCCCGGGCCUGAGUUUGACAUCCCUGUGUUAAAGUGAGGUCCAAGGCGUGGUGUGUGGUCUUUUACAUUGAGUGAAGAUAUUUUGGUAGACUGUAUUGAUUGUGUGUGUGCGCGCCUGCAUGCGUGCGCGUUUGUGUGUGUGCAUUCGUCUGUGUGAGGCUGUAGGUCUAACAGUGUAUUUGUGCUUGAUGUG